GCCCCAGGCACAGCUGAUGGUCUGUGUGUCAGGAGCGCAUGAGCCUCUGCACUUUGGGUCAGCUCAGAACUUUCCUGGUGUCCCUGGGACAUCUCUGGAAGAGCUAUCCCAACACACACCCCCCUGGAGAUGUGAUCGUGGUACAGCCCAGAGAAUUCCACGUUAAGAAGCCGAGGGAUCAUUGUUUGCAGGAGCCACUUUGGAGUUGAAGUGCCCCAGCAGCUCUGACCCCAGCCAGUUAUUCCAAAGAAAGGGGCCAAACUGAUAAAGUGUGAUUUGAUCUCUGCUCAUAUAAUUCCAUUUGCCAUCCUGUCUCUGAUCUUCCAAAAUAUUGUCAGUUCUCUCCGUGGAUUCUUUCACUGUGAAAUUCAAGGCAAGGAAGGGGAGAUACUUCUCUAAUUCCAACCUGUGUCCAGAAGGAAGAGGGAAGGAACUGACACACAGGACCUUUCCAAGCAGGACAGAAGAUGUCCUCAUCUGUGCAUCUCUUCCGAGAUCAGAGGUACCAGGAGCUGAAGGGGCAGUGCCUCCAGCAGGGGAUCCUCUUUGAGGACCCUGAGUUUCCAGCCUCAGAUGAAUCCCUGUACUACGACUCAGCAGCAAAAGGGAAAGUGGAAUGGAAGCGGCCAAAGGACCUCUGUGAAGACCCCCACCUGCUUGUGGAUGGAAUGAGCUCCCACGACUUCCACCAGGGCAAGCUGGGGAACUGCUGGUUUGUGGCUGCGUGCUCCUGCCUGGCUUUGAGGAAAAGCCUCUGGCAGCAGGUGAUUCCAGACUCCAAUGAGCAGGAGUGGGACCCCAAAAGCCCAAGGAAAUACGCUGGGAUUUUCCGUUUCCGCUUCUGGCGCUUUGGAGAGUGGACAGAGGUGGUGGUGGAUGAUCAGCUGCCAACUGAGAAUGGGGAGCUCAUCUACUGCCGCUCCAACGUGAGGAAUGAAUUCUGGAGUGCUUUGCUGGAGAAAGCUUAUGCUAAGCUGGCUGGAUCCUACCAAGCCCUGGAUGGAGGCUGUGCUGCAGAAGCCCUGGUGGAUUUCACUGGAGCAGUGGCAGAAUCCAUCAACUUGGAAGAGGGCAAAUAUGGUGAGGUUAUUUCUGAGCAGAUGAAGCUGUUUGAAGACUUGAUGAAAGUGCAUAAAAGAGGAGGGUUCAUCAGCUGCUCCAUUUCGGAGUCCCCAGGGCGGCCCAGUGAAGCAGAGACAGGGACGGGGCUGAUCGUGGGCCAUGCCUACUCCGUGACUGCCAUCAGGAAGCUGCGCCUCGGGGAGAGCCUGGUGUUCUCCUUCAAGGCAGAAAAGCUGUUCAUGAUCAGGCUGAGGAAUCCCUGGGGCAAAAAAGAAUGGCACGGUGCUUGGAGUGACAGUUCUGAAGAGUGGAAGAAAGUCAGCGAUUCUGAGCGCAAGAGUUUGGGGCUCACUGUUGGGAAUGAUGGAGAGUUCUGGACUGGCAGCUGCAGGGUUUGGCUCUGGGCCAUGAAGAAGGCAGGCCAUGAUGGUAAUUCAAAGAGCCAAGCUGGUCUGGAGUUGCUCUGCAGUCCAGCCCCUUCCUUCAGCAGGCACAGGAUGACGUUUGAGGACUGGUGUAAGAAUUUCACAGAUGUGGACAUCUGCAGGACUGUGAACACCUCCUGCUUCAGCCUCCACAAGACCUGGGAGAAGGAAAUGAUUUAUGGGGCUUGGGCAAAGCAUCCAGAGCCCCUGCUGAACCGAUCUGGGGGCUGCUUUGAUAACAGAGAGACCUUCCUGCAGAACCCCCAGUACCUCUUUGAUGUGAAGAAGGCCCAGGACAAAGUGCUGGUGUCCUUACAGCAGGAGGAUCGCCGCAAGUACAAGAAAGAAGGGAAAGGAGACAACAUCACAAUUGGCUUUGAAAUCCUCAAGGUGGAGGACAACAGGAGGUACAGGCUGCACAAGCUCACGGUGCAGGAGAGAGUGGCCACAUCUCCCUACUCCAACACACGCAGCGUGUUCCUGAGGAGGACCCUGCAGCAAGGCCGCUACGUCCUGGUCCCAACCACCUACAUCCCAGGUGUCCCCACAAAAUUCAUCCUCAGGCUCUACACAGAUGUGCCCUCAAAACUCAGGGAGCUGAAGGCUGAUAGGCCUAAAAUGACAUGUUGGAGUCUUCUUUGUGGCUACCCACGCAGAGUGACCCAAAUCAAAGUCCACUCUGCAGAGGGUUUGCAGAAACAAGACAGAUCAGGAGGAGCAGAUCCCUACGUGCUCAUCAAGUGUGAGAACCAAAGCCGGCGCUCCCCGGUGCAGCAUGACACCACCAGCCCCGUCUUCAACACCCAGGUGAUCUUCUACAGGAAGGACAUUGACAGUCCUGUCACCAUCCAGGUGUGGAACAGCAACCUCCUGAGAGACCAGUUCCUGGGGCAGGCGGUGCUGGCAGCGUCCCCCGGUGAGCCCCGCGAGCAGCAGAGGCUGAAGCUGCGGGGCAGGGGCGGCGGGGAAGCGGCCGAGGUGCCGGGUCACAUCAGCGUCACCGUGCUGUGCAGCGAUGACCUCGGCGAGCUCUGAGCGCCGCGGAGCCAGACGGAGCUGUCGCCUCUCGGCAGCGCAGGGAGCACAUCAGCAUAAUCGCUUUAAAGGGGGGAAAACCAAAGCUCUCCGUUGGGAAAGGGGGAAAUGCAUAUUAAUACAUAUCUAUGCUCGUGAUACAGCUCAUGCAGUAGGAGAGUGUCACAGUAGGAGGCGAAAUAAAACGAUGUGGACGCUGGAACUGCAAGGGAAGAAGGAGGGAAGUUUAUUUUCUGACUCUAACAUUUAUAGACUUCAAAAGUGACAGUGGAUUGGAGGAUGAAAGUGCCACUUCUCCAAUGAUGCUGGACAAACCAACAGUCUAUCAAAUCUCUCCUCCUCCAGAGAGGAAUGUAAAACCAGUAAUUAUUUACAUCAAAGUGCGUGAGAAACUCCAUUACAAGAAUGUAAACAUGGGAAGGCUUUAGAAGAACUUAGAAGAACAGGGUGACAGGAGAGGGGCCAAAUGGAAUGCUGGCAGGUAAGCUUGUGAGGAUGGGAGCAUCCUUGAGGAUGCAGCUUGGGGACUGGCAAAUACAAGGGGGAUUCAUGGGGAUUUUUUUCCAUAUCCUUCCCAUAGAAGGAUAUGCAUUUAUACAUUUAUUGAUGAAUUUCACUACAGAUUAGGUGUUUCUGUUCCUUGUGAAAAUGUCACUACUCGAGGAGCUCAGUCAUAGCUCAUGGCCUUAAGACCAGUGUUGCCAGGACAACAUUAAAAUAGAGGGGCAGAUCUUGCAGUGCCCGUUUGAGCACCACAGCAAAGAAGAGCUUUGUCCACCCAAGGGCUCUCAGACUGACUUUCUGAUUGUUCUCUCCUCCACCUCGAGCUGGUGACUCACAGUUUGGUAUCUCUGUCCAAGGGCACCUCACACUUCAGCUGUGGCUUUGCUCAGAGCACAGAUUCAGUAAUGGGAAUGGUUUGUUUAAGCCACAUAAUGCUAAAAAUGGGAUAGCAGCCCUCUUGUUUUGGUAGAUGUAGCACCAGCCCAAAAGAAGAGAAAAUGAGCUCAUGAGAAAGGUGGGUUUGUAAAAGCAGGGUGCUGUUCCCUGGCACUUGUCAGGUCUCACUCUUAAAAUUUUGCAUUUAUUGAUGGCACAGCUGAUGUUUGAUGGAUUUUCACUUGGGUACCAUGGAGGAUGGGUGUUAUUUCACAUUUCUCUCACAGCAGGGGUCUGGUGCCAGCUCUCCCCUUCCCCUGCAGCUCUGGGCAGGGUUCCCUCAGCAGCUGUCUGGGGUGGGCAUGCUGGGCAGUGACCCUGGCAGUGCACGGGGCUCUGUGCCAGACA